AUUAGAAGCUAUACUUAUUAAAUUGCUAAAUAUAUUUGUGCGUGCGGCGCACGUGCAUGUGCGAGGUGUUUUGCAUGCGUAGAUCAUGUGUUGUGAAAAUAAUUCAAAGUGCAUCUACGGUGUGUAACAAUCAAUUGUUGCCCCACACUCUCCGUGCAAGUGUGAGUGUGACCAAGAGUGCGUGUCUGUGCGUUUGUGUGCGUACAAGGCAAUCAGUGGGCGGCCGCCCAUAAGGAGUCUACCCACUGCCAUCACACACACAUCACAAAACCCGUGUGUUUGCAGCACAAUAAUAAGAAUGUAUUUGCCUUCUUUCUAAGGUGUGGAGCAGUCGGUGCUGAAUGACAAAUCAGCAAUUGCAGCAGUCGCCAUGACAGAAAGCAUCAAAAGCAAUAAAUUUAACAGCAGCAUGUAAGUGUCUUAAUUGCAAGGAUCUAGCAAAUCAACGACAACAACAUGAGUCGUCAGGAGACAACGUCGCCAGGAGCGACAUCGACAUCGACAGCAACAUCAACAGCAACAUCAGCAAAAGCAACAUCAGCGACAGCAACAUCUACAACAACAGCAGCAGCAGCAGCGAGCAUAGCAUGCGGCAAAAUUUCAACAUCAACUCCACAAAAACAGGAUGAACAACAACAGCAGCAGGAGUUCAUCAAUCGCAGCAUGGCCAGCGAAAUUGAUGAUGCCAGCGAUGCCAGCGCCAUGUGUGACAUGUCCAUCAAUAGCAGCAGCUGCAGCGGCGCCAGUCCAGUGGCCAAGCGGCAAUUGAGCUCGGCUACUCAGUCACGCAUUCGUCCACAGUCCAGUUACUCGGCCCGUGUGCUCAUCUUUGAUGAUUCCGAUCAGGAGGCAGCUGCAGCUGCAGCAGCUGCCGCAGCCGCUGCCGCUGCCGCUGCUACUGCUGCAACUGCAACUCAAAUAGCAGCGGGUUCGCUCAAUGCAAGCGGCGCUGAUGUUAGCAGCGGCGUUGAACUUUUGCCCGUAUCGCCGGCCAAGCUGGCCAACGAUAAUCAUAACAACAGCAAUAGCAAUCAUGGCUCAUCAUCGUUAAUGCGCAAUCUCAAUCUGACCAAGAGCUCAUCGGGCGGGUUAUCGGGCAGUGCCAGUUCUCUGCAUUCGCGUGGCUAUACGGCGCUGCUGCGGAAGAUCUCCUAUCAGCAGCACACGAACUCUAUGCGUGCCGUCAGCAGUGAAGCAUCCAAUUUGCUACGCAUGCGUCACUCGUCGCUGGGCAAGUCAGCGCCCUGCCUGACCGGCAACUAUUUUCGUCAUGAGCUGUUUAGUGCGCCAGCACAACAAGCAGUGGGAGGAUGCACCGCAGCGAAUGUACCGUCGAUGGCCUCAGCUGGCCUCAAUAUCUCUCGUUCCGGCAGUGGCAUUGCUCUCUCAAAGCAUCAUCAUCUUCAUGGGGUGGUUAUGCGUGGUGCGGCUGGUGCUUCGGGUGCUGGUGGUGGUGCUGGCUCCAGUGGCGUCGCCCAUCAUCGCCUCAGCCUGGUGACGAAUGCAGCGGCCGUAGCUGGUGGGUCACGUGCACAUUCACCGUAUUCGGCCAGUCCGGCGGACAGUCCACGUCUCAAUUCGCCCAUGCCGUUUGCUUUUGCGCCGAUUAAACGCAUCGCCUCGUGUCGAGGCGUUGUCGACGGCAGACGCUGGUCGGUGGCAUCGUUGCCCUCUUCGGGCUACGGCACCACACCAGGCAGCUCCAACCUAUCCUCGCAAUGCUCCAGUCAGGAGGGACUUAAUCAUUUGGCGCACAACAUUCCACAUGGUCAGGAGGAUGCGGCCGCUGUUGCCGCUGGCGCCUGUUGUGCGGAGCACUUCAAGCAGCAUUGUCCAAAACACUGUGCCCUAUUGCUGGCCGCGCACAAGCCACCACCACAACAACAACAACAACAGCAGCAGCAGCAUGCACCAAAGCUGGGACAGCUGCAGCAGCCACAGCCACUGAAACCACCGAUCGCUUGCGUUAAUUGCUGUGUCGAUCUAAGCGUCGCCUGCAGUGGCAAUGGCAAUGGCAACGGCAAUGCCAGCAGCGCAAAUGCAUCAAAUGCAUCGAUGUCGUCAAUGCCGGGCAGCGCCGGCGGUCGCAUGUCGCCCUAUUUUCGUCCACGCUCUCGGUCGCUAUCCAGCCCAUCGCGUUCACCCAUUGUGGACAAUGAGAUUGCCGUAAUGAAUACGCUGUACAAGGAACGCUUUCCCAAAGCCACACAGCAAAUGGAGGAGCGCUUGAAGCACUUCAUCAAUGAGAAUAAAAGCGCCGCUUGUAGCAGUUUUCGUGAUUCACAGCCCAUUGUACGCUUUGUGCAUCAUCAAGUGCUGGAAAUGGCGCGAGAUUGUCUGCAUAAGUCGGAGGCCAAGCUGAUAACCUCCCAGUACUUCUAUGAGUUGAGCGAGAAUUUGGAGCGUCUGCUGCUGGAGACCAAGGAGAAAUCACCGGAGGCUGCUGCUGAGCUGAGCGGCGUGAUUAAGAAGCUGUUAUUAAUCAUAUCGCGACCGGCACGUUUGCUGGAGUGCCUUGAAUUCGAUCCGCAGGAAUUCUAUGAACUGCUUGAAGCAGCCGAAGGACAUGCCAAGGCAAUGCCAGUGAUUAAGGCGGAUAUACCGCAGUAUAUCAUACACAAGUUGGGGCUGAAUCGUGAUCCCAUUGCUGAGAUGCAGCAGGAGCAGCGUGAGACGCAGCAAAUUUGCGAGGAGCAUGUGACUGGCAUUGAUAGGCAGUUUGAAACGCAAUCGGGUGCAAUACUAUUGAAUUCACCGCUCAAUUGUGCGGCCAAGCAAUUGAGCAGCCUAACGCUGGAUGCAAUCCCACUGGAUCCGGGCCAUUCGGGUGGCAGUGGCAGCUGUACGCCACAACCCAUGUUGCCACAACAGCCGCCACAAACGCCGGUGGCUUGUGAUGCCCAAUCGACGCCCACAUUUGCCUUGGCCAUAAGCCAACUCAACACACCAGCGGAGACAGCUGCAACGCAACAACAACAGCAACAACAACAACAACAACAACAGCAGCAGCAACAACAGCAACUGCUGCCAAAGGAAAAUGACUUUGACAUUGCCAAGCUGAUCUCAAAUGGCGCCUACGGCGCCGUCUAUCUGGUGAAGCACAAGACGACCCGCCAGCGCUUCGCAAUGAAGAAGAUCAACAAGAACAAUCUCAUAUUGCGUAAUCAGGUGGAGCAGGUGUUCGCCGAGCGGGACAUACUGUCGUUUGCCGACAAUCCAUUUGUGGUCAGCAUGUAUUGCUCCUUUGAGACAAAGAAGCAUCUGUGUUUGGUCAUGGAGUAUGUGGAGGGCGGUGAUUGCGGCACACUGCUCAAGAACAUUGGACCGCUGCCCGCCGAUAUGGCUCGCUUCUAUUUCGCCGAAACAGUAUUAGCCGUGGAGUAUCUGCAUAGCUAUGGCAUCGUCCAUCGCGAUCUCAAGCCGGAUAAUUUGUUAAUCACGGCGCUGGGUCAUAUUAAACUCACCGAUUUUGGCCUCUCCAAAAUGGGUCUGAUGUCGUUGGCCACCAAUUUAUGAGGCUACAUCGAUUCGGAGACGCGGCAGUUUUCCGAUAAACAGGUCUAUGGCACUCCCGAGUAUAUAGCGCCUGAGGUGAUUUUGCGGCAGGGUUAUGGCAAACCCGUUGACUGGUGGUCCAUGGGCAUCAUAUUGUACGAGUUUCUCAUUGGAUGUGUGCCAUUCUUUGGCGAGACGGCCGAGGAGCUGUUUGCCCAUACUGUCAACGAUGACAUUGAGUGGCCCGACAGCGAGGAUUGGCCCGUGCAGUCGGAGGCCAAGGACAUUAUAACACAGCUGCUGCAGCAGAAUCCACGUGAUCGUCUAGGCACUCAGACCGGCGCCUUGGAGGUGAAGGAGCACGUCUACUUUGAUGGCAUGGACUGGAAUUCGUUGUUGCGCCAGAAGGCCGAAUUUGUGCCGCAGUUGUCCCACGAGGAUGAUACCAGCUAUUUUGACACCCGCAUGGAUCGGUACAACCACGAUCUGGGUGGUGAGGAUACGGAUGACACGGAUGAUACGCCCGUCUUUGGUAGCUUCAAUUCCUACACGCCGCAAUAUCGCAAACAACAUUAUAGCUGGUCACGGCAUGCCACAGCGACGACAACGGACAGCGUCAGGGGAACAACGACCACAAUGACAACAUUGCCUUCGCGUGCCCAGGAAUCGACCACAGCGACAUUGAUGGCAACGGGCGCAAUGCCGAAACUCAAGAGUCAAGAGGGCGUAGUCAAUAAGUUUUUGAAUACACCACAGCUGCGCAAGCUGGAUCUUUCAUCCAGCUGCCUGAAGGUUCCCUCCACGCCGGACACGGAAUUUCUACCGGAACUGUUGCACAACGUGACCAUUGGCAACGAUGCCGAGCUGCGCAUGCUUAAGCAUUAUUUGCAACAGCCAACGCCGGCGGCGGUCCGCUUGCAGCAGCGUCACAGCAUGCCACCGAACACGACGACGAUCAUUAGCACGCCGGCAACACCGCCGCCACCACCGACACAGUCGUCUACAGCGACACCGCAACCGACAAGCGUGAGCAGUUUCUCGCGCAGCACACCAGAGAGUUCGCAGACGGACAGCGAUGAUUUCUCGCCACAGAUAAAUCGCAAGCGUAAAGGCGUUUGUGCCCGUGACAUAUUGCCGCGCUUCUCUAUCUCCAUUGAGGAUGAGACGAUCAGUGCCUGCAGCUCAUCCACAGAAAACAUGAACUUACGCGAACAGUCGCCGCUGGCGCUGCAGCAUCAGCCCAAGUCCAUGGACAGCAGCAGCGGACCAACAUCGUUCAAGCAUCAUCGGUCGCGUUCAAUUGUCAAAUCUGCCUCGGCGCUGGGACUGUCGCUGAUGUCAUCACUGGAUAACACACAAUUGGCGGCACAGCUCUGCGGUGGCAUUCAAUCGCCGGGCAGCGCUGGCGGUGGCAAUGGCUCCAGUACAGCCAGUUCAAGGGAUACAUCGCCCUGUCGCGAACUCUCGCCGCUGGUCACCAAUCUCAAGCCGCCGAUAAUCAUACGCCGUGGACCCCGUGGCUUUGGCUUCACCGUUCACACUAUACGCGUCUAUUAUGGCGACACAGAUUUCUAUACCAUGCACCAUUUGGUCAUGGCCGUUGAUGAGGGCAGUCCCGCAUUUGAGGCGGGCCUGCGGCCGGCCGAUCUGAUCACCCAUGUGAACGGAGAGGCUGUCCAAGGAUUGUACCACACACAGGUGCUACAGCUGUUGCUCAGCGGUGGCGAGCAUGUUACGCUGCGUGCAACGCCGCUGGAGCACACCAGCAUUCAAAGCGGUGGCCGCAAGCGGGACCUCAUGCAGAGCAAGCUGGCCAAGAAGGGCGUCAAUCGCCAGAAGAAGCAAACGAAGCGGGAACACGACAAGAAGCGGAAAACUUCUCUAUUCCGACGCAUAAGCAGCAAACGUGCCAAUGCCGAGAUGCAACAGUACUCGGCGGGCACUAGUUCACCCACCACGCCAUCGGCACGCAAUCUGUCGCCGCUGGACUCUUCGUAUCAUAGCAGCAGUUGUUAUCAAUCGGCGGCCAACUCCUCAUCGCAAUCCACUUCGCCAUCAUCGUCGUCACCCAACACGCCAACCGGUUCCAGUGGUGGCAGUAAUGGUGCCGGCAAUGGUGGCAAUGCUGCAACUAAUUCCAUUGUCGCAGCACCCGUCGCUGCUUUGAGCGCACAACUGCCGAUCCCGCCGGCAAGUCCAGUUGUGUUGCUGCCGCAUGUGGGCGCUGUUGUGGGCAGCAGUGCCACAUCUGUGGGCAAUGUGCCAGUUUCGCCCACUGGUGUUGUGCCUCAGCUGUAUCAGCGUCCCUCGACCCUGCAUGGUCUGAAGCACAAGCUGCAUGCAGCUGCCACUGGUGCUGGUGGAUCCGCAGCUAGCGGCAACACGGCUGGGGGUCUAAAAACACUGCACACGUCGAGCAGCAAUGCACUGCCCAAUCGCCGCAAAUCUGUGGGUCAUAUACCGUUAUCACCGUUAGCACGAACCCCGUCUCCAUCGCCGCUGCCAUCGUCGCCCACACGCUCGCCAUCUCCUCUAGCCUUUCCGCUGGUGGGCCAUCAGCCUGGCGCCUCCAAUACGACACAGUCGUACAGUCCGGGAAGCACUCUGCCCACGCUGCAGACGGUGGUGAGUGCCAGCAGCAAGAAGGCUGGCUUUGCACGCACCAAAUCCGCAGAGCCAAGUUCGCCGCUAUUGCGUCGCGCCCUGUCGCCGGAUCGACUGCAUCCGCGCAGCGCCGAGACAAAAAUAUCUCCGCUGUGCUGCUCGCCGCCGAUCAAACAGCAGACACCACAUCAUCAGCAUCCGCGCGUUGUUGCCGGCACUUGGCGACCAAGUGCGGGCGGAUCUGGUGGAGCUUGUGCUACACAACAGCAGCAGCAACAGCAACAGCAGCAGCAGCAACAGCAACAACAACAACAGCAACAGCAGCUGGGCAACAGCAGCACAUUGGAGGAAUCUCAAAGGCAAACGAGCUCUUCUGCAACUGCAACAGCAGCAGUAGUAGUAAUACCUGGAGUAGUUGCAUCAACAUCAUCCGCAGCUGUUGAUAAUCAAGCAACGAAUAAUGUAGCCAUUGCCAGCAGUUGUGAGCUGUUGCCACGAAUUGCUGAAGAGAAGGAUUCGCCCACAAGCACACUGGAUAGCAGCAGCAGCGUGUCGGAGGGCUUUAUGCCGGCUAUUGAGGAACAUGUUGAGGGCGAAUCAUCAUCAUCAUCGCCCACUCAAACGCUGGAGAAGCCAUCGCCCAAAGCAGAGCAGCCGCCAGACAAGGCAAAAAAUCGUGUCGAAUCGGCCAAAGCAAAUGCGUCCAGAAAAUCUUCGAUUACAACGACAAGGCCAGCAAGCGCUGGUGUUAUCCCAUUUGCCAUGGGACGCAAAGAGCCGAAUGCCACAACAACAACAGCAACAGCCACAUCUGUAACAGCAACUGUAGCUGGAACAGCAACUACAACAACAACAACAACAGCAAACAGCGCAACUUUGGCUGCCAAGCAAAAAAAGUAGCGCCACGAAACUGGAUGUUUGUGUUUUAAAUUUCAUGUUUAGCGUUUUAUCUAAAUGUUCAGCGUUAAUAUUAACAAUCCAAAACCGAAGCAACCGGAAGAUAAUGGAAGUUAGCCGCAGGAAUUUGAUAAUUGUAUUCAAGGGAUUGUUUUACAAAUAAGCUUAUUUGCAUUCUUUGGGCAAAAACCUAACCAAAAUUAGCAAAGAAAAUGAAUUAGAAAAUUGUGGAAACUAGUAGUUUGUAGUCUCGUAUCUAACAAAUAUGCCUAAUACAAUUUGUAAAUUAGUAAAACAAAAAACGACAACAAAAAAACAAAAACAAAACGUGCGAAAUAUAUUCCAGUUAAAAGCAGAAAGCACUAGGAAUGUGUGAAUGUCGGCAGCAAGCAAUGAUGAAUAUUGUAUUUGUAUAUAUAAAUGUAUAACAUUGGUAGAAUUAACGUUUAUUAAGAAGAACGGAAACGUCCGAAAAAUUUAAACGCGUUGAGAUGGUAAUAGUCGAGUAAGGUCAAGCUAAAAGUACGUACACACAAAAAAAAAACAACAAAGCUGCUUGCUCAGUCAAAUAUUAAAGCGUUUUUUGCGAAUCUAUAAUCUAUGCCGAACUCAAUAUAUAUUAUAUUAAAUAAAUGUUAUAUGUGUGUGUA